AAGAACAGCUCAGAAUGACACAACUCACCGAGCUCUGUUUUCUUACAACUUACACCCAGGAGGCAGAGACAGCCCACCUGCUCAGGGACACAGGAGUGUUAAGAAAUUGUGUUUGGCUGUGGGCUGUGCUGGCACUGACCCAACAAAGGAGAAGCCACCAGUGACAUCAGUUGUAUGGGACAGCAGGACCAAGACAGGAAGAAGGGCAAACAGCAGUAGCAAUGUCUGGCACUCUGUCACUAGGGAUGACAACAGGAAACUACCUAAAACUCUAAAAACUGCUGGACACUGCUGAUUUCUGACCCAGUAAUAGUCAGCCGGGGCCCUGCCAUGGGAAAUGCUCCAGCUCCUCUCACAGACAUCUGACUCCACUCUCCCAGGGGCAGGACUCACUCUGAAAUGCUGAAGGCCGUGCACGCCGCCAUCCUCCGGCACCGGUUCCUCAUUGUCCGCGCCAAGGAGCUGCGGUGCGGCCCGGAGCAGAGCCGCCGCUUCUACCGGGAGCACGCAGGGCGUUUCUUCUACCAGCGGCUGGUGGAGUUCAUGGCCAGUGGCCCCAUGUGGGCUUAUAUCCUGGCCCAUGAGAACGCUGUCCCUCUCUGGAGAUCCCUGAUGGGACCCACUAAAGUGUUCCGAGCCCGACACAGUGACCCGGACUCCAUCCGAGGUGCCUACGGUCUCACAGACACUAGGAACACAACCCAUGGCUCAGACUCGCCUGCCUCAGCCAGCAGAGAAAUUGCCUUUUUCUUCCCCGAGUUUGAUGAGCAGCGCUGGUACGAGCAGGACGAGCCCCAUCUGCGGCGUGGGCAGCUGUACUACAGCGCCGAGGAGCGUGUGCACCGCGUGCUCGGGCCACAGCAGGCAGAGGUACAGAUCCAGGGUUCUGCAGGACAUCACUGCUGUCCCUGUCCUCAGCAGUGUCCAGAGUGGAUCAGCUCAGGAUCCCGUGUGUCUUCACACAGGUCUGAGAGCUGCUGUCCCCAGUGCUGUUGAUACUUCAUUGAUAUUUUGUCGGUUGUUUUAUUGAUUCCUGGAGGUUUUGCUCAGAUACGUGUGUUUUUCUUGUAACUAUUAAACUUAACUAUUUUUCACCUUU